AUGCGCGCGAGUUACGGAAAGGCCCCUGACGCCACUCACGAGGAGUUGAAGGACGUGCUCAUGCGUACAGGGUAUUGUACGGGCAUCCAGGCCAAGCUGCUGUUGGAGAAGUUGCCGGUCAUUUUGGUGUACCUCUUUGAUGGGGACGAGGUCACUGAGUAUUCCAUCUCCGAUGUAGCGGCCGCUGUGUGCCAAAUCUAUGAACAAGAGGAUGAGUUUCGACAGGAGGUUGCUGAGCAAGUGGAUGAGCCCAAGAAGGGCCCAUGCCCCUAUCCUACAUCUGAGUACGGCUUUGAUCUUCACUAUCACCAGCAGGGCAGUGUUGAGGUGUGGAGGCGUCUUGGUGACCAGCUGGCGCUCGUUGAUGAUGUUGAUGAGGAGGAUCGACCAAGGGCACCAAUAGCAUGUCGGGCAGCCUCACCGGAGCGGUCAGUACCCAGGCCUUGGCAGGAUAUGGGAAGUGGCGGAGGAGUGGUAUCAUUGGUGACACAUGAGACGCCACCAGAGUCCACGACUAGGACCGGCCCUAGUGGGGCCCAUAGGGGGUACGUCCCGGUGCCGACGGGGCGUCUUGAUGCUACUUCAGAGAAGCUAUGGGAGAGCUGCUGUUGUGAUGCCAGGAUGCUUUCUAUGGGAAAGGAGGCGUUUGAGAUUGCAAUCGCCUUGGCCCUAUCGAAAGGCUAUCGACUAUUCCGGGCUAAACGUGAUGAACCAGCACGGGAGGAAUAUUCAGCUAGGCAGCACGGGCUGAGGAAGGGCAUGCUCUUGGUGCUGACCAAGGCGGACAACAUAUGGGCUUGGGGGUAUGCCUUGGACGAUCCCAAGUGCCUCAAGUACUUCCCUGUGGACGGCCACCGAGUUGACGAGAUUUGCAUGGGCUGA